GGGGCCGGAGAGGGGAGGGUGCAUUCCGACUCCCUUCAGUCACACGUGGGAUACACAGGAGGUCCCACAAUGGAGAUUGGCGAUACCAAGCUUCGUAGCGGGUCUCCAGCCGGAACUAGUGGUAGCGUAGGGGAUGAGGGUGUUGGGACUGAAAAGAGGCGAGGCAAGUGCAAGUGGUUCAACGUAGCCAAGGGAUGGGGAUUCAUCACACCCGACGAUGGAGGCCAAGACAUAUUUGUCCAUCAGAGUGUCAUCCAAAUGACAGGUUUCCGCUCUCUUGGAGAUGAUGAAGAAGUCGAGUUUGAGUGUAAAGCUUCAGACAAGGGUCUCGAGGCGACACUAGUGUCAGGUCCUGAAGGAGCAGAUUGUGCGGGGUCACACAGGAGGCCCCAAGCUAAAAAGAGAUUCAGGAAAAUUAGGUGCUAUAAUUGUGGGGAGUUUGCCAACCAUAUCGCUGCCAAGUGUAGCCUUGGUCCACAGCCAAAGAGAUGUCAUCACUGCAAAUCCGAGGACCAUCUUAUAGCCGAUUGUCCGACGAGAAAGAGAUCAACAGGUUCGACUAACGGUGGUACGACGACUGCUGGCACGAGUGAUGAAACGUCAAAUGGAGCUUCAGAGCAGGUGAGUGCUGCGAUGGCUUCAUUAUCUCUGAACAAUGGCCAGCAGGGCAGUGAAUCUCAACAACAAAACUAGCUACCUAACAAAGUGGUAUCUGCUGACUUGUCACAGAUACCGUUUAGAAGCAUCUGAACAUUGAACAAAUUACCAUUACACUCAACAGUUUGUUCAAUUAUUCAAGGUUUUAGUUUAUGUUCUAUGUUUACAAGCUUCUAAAUUUAUUAAGUAGCUACUCCAUGAAAGACUUUAUGAGUGCCUUAGUUAAUAUUACAAGUUGCUCAAUUAGCACAAAUUAAAGUCUAACAAUGAACUUUACUAGUAAUUGAAGGAGAAAUUACUUGGAGAAAUUUUAUUUUACACAGGAGAAUACAUCUUAACGUGAGGUAUUACAUCAUUUAAAUAGGUGCAAUUACAUAAAGGAGUUUCAAAAUACAUAUUUCGGCGUCUAUACUACACAAAUGUUUAACCGAAUUAUAUUAACAACAAAGAGCUGUGAAUGUACAGUUACAAAAUGAAUCAAAAAUGUUUAUAAAGUAUUUAUUAUGGAUCUUAAAUGUCACAGUGUUACUCCUAAUCUGUGACUAUAAUUAACAGGUGGAACAAUUGUACAAAAAAAAAUGUAUUUAUUAUUAUUAGGCAAAAAUUAUGUUAUUAGAUAAAAUUCUGCAAUGAAACUCCAUGUUGGUUGUUAAUUUCAAAAUGAUUGGAUGUUUCAGUUAACUGAUAUAAAGAGUACAAUGUUAAAAUAGAUAAAAUUUUGAGUAAUUUGACUCACAUUAUUGAAUCUCCUGAACAGAAUAACCAUGAAUUCUCCUAAUUAUUAUAGUCCAAAUAGUUGAAUUUAUUAUUUUAUGUUUUUUUUUUUUUCAAUUUUUUGGGAAAGAAAAUUUAUUCUCAGUAAAAAUUUUAGUGUAUAAAUUUUAAUAUUUUAAAAUAAUGCUACUAGUUUGAUAGAAUAUCCAAAGAAUUUUUAUUUUAACUAGGUAUAUUGACAAACAAAUCUAUUCAUAAUUUUAUUGUGUUUGUUUUAUUUUUUUAUUUUUAUAAUGUUUAAAGUAUAAACCAAGGUUCCUUAAACCUAUUGUUUUCUCUUUUAAUAUUUUUCUAAGUUGCCUUUUUUAAUUUUUUCCUUUUUUUAUUAUUCUUUAACGCAUUAUACCUAGUUUAAACUGCGUUAUUUUAUGUACUUAAUUCUUUAAAAAUAAUUUUUAUAAAAUUAACACACUACAUAUUAUUGCACAUUUUCGAUUGAAUGACACGUAUAAUUUAAAAUCAUAUCAAUUACAACAAUUAUCGUUCAUCUGUUUGUGCAGUAAUAUCUACUGUGUUAUUUUCUCUACAAAACUUGUUUAAUUUGUUCUUAAAGUAAGGAAAGUAUUACCAUUAUCUACCUCAUACAACCUUAACUACCUCAAGUUCUAGAAUAAUUUUAGGUCUCAAGAAAAUAUUUUCUUGGUGAGCUGAAGAACUGACCUCCUACAAAUGUAACAUACAAGACUGCGCUAGUACAAUUGUAUUUUUAAAAGUUUACAAUUAUAGGCUUUAAGGGUUUUUAAUCAUCUAGGUUUUUUUUUGUUCUUAUUGUAUAAUUAAUUUUGUUUUCGCUCAACAUUCAUUCCAUUAUACAUGUACUUUUUAUUUUCUAGCUUUACUAGCUACAUAAUGUUGUUAAUUUGUAAAUAUGCCAUUUGUGUUCUAUUAAAAGUUUUUUUAAAGACACAAAUUGUGAAUUGUUAAUAAUUCAUUCAGGCACUAAUAUAAUGUAUACAUGUUGAGGUGUACUUUUGUAGUGAGCAUGGCUCAUAACAUUGCAAUAAUUUUCUUUCAAUUUCUCAACAAGCAAGAAAAUGCAAUUUUUGAUUUGAUAAAAGUAUAAACAGUUUAAAAAAAA